AUUUUGUAACCCUUAUUGGUUCUUGCUUCCUUUCGAUCUCUACUCUCUCAUUGUUUUGCAUCUCCCUCGAUCUUCUCUUUCUUGUCAAACCUUCCAAUUUGCAAUCAAAGUUUCACUUUUUUUUUAAGGUCUUUACUCUUUCUUUCAAGUUUCACUCUUUUCACCCAAAAACCUCCUCCUUCUCGACCGUUACAGAGAAAAACCCAGCAAAAGAGAAGGGAAAAAGAAACAGAAACAGAAACGAAAAGGGGAAGAACACUUCAGCCUCAAGUUUCUUUCUUCACCGUACCCACCUAGGGUUUUUGCAUUCCUAGGUCUAGGGUUUUUUCUGGGUCAUUUCAAUUUGUAGUAAAUCCCAAUUUUAUUAAAACCAAAUUCAUGGGUUUUUGAGAUUUUUAGCAAAUUAGGCAGUUUUUUGGGUAAUAAUUAAGUAGUUAGUAAUUAAUAAGAUGAUUGCUGAAAAACCCAGUUGGAUUAGGCAUGAGGGUAUGCAGAUUUUCUCUAUUGAUAUUCAACCUGGUGGCCUUAGGUUUGCUACUGGUGGUGGGGAUCACAAGGUAAGAAUAUGGAAUAUGAAAUCUGUUGCUAAAGAUUCUGAAAAGGACGAUCAAACACGCAGGAGUCUUGCAACUCUCCGUGAUCACUUUGGUUCAGUUAAUUGUGUCAGGUGGGCCAAACAUGCUCGGCAUGUUGCAUCCGGGUCUGAUGAUCAGGUGAUUUUAAUUCAUGAAAGGAAACCUGGUACCGGUACCACUGAAUUCGGUAGUGGUGAGCCUCCAGACAUCGAAAAUUGGAAGGUUGUAAUGACUCUGAGGGGACACACUGCAGAUGUGGUGGAUCUUAAUUGGUCUCCGGAUGACUCAAUGUUGGCUAGUGGAAGUCUGGACAAUACUAUUCACAUCUGGAAUAUGAGCAGUGGAAUGUGCAUUGCAGUUCUUAGAGGACACUCUAGUUUGGUUAAAGGUGUUACUUGGGAUCCCAUCGGUUCUUUUAUAGCUAGCCAAUCUGACGACAAGACUGUUAUUGUUUGGAAAACAACUGAUUGGAGUCUUGCCCAUAAGACAGAAGGCCAUUGGGCCAAAUCCCUUGGGUCAACAUUCUUUAGGCGGCUUGGGUGGUCUCCUUGUGGCCAUUUCAUAACCACAACUCAUGGUUUCCAAAAGCCCAGGCAUUCAGCACCUGUGUUAGAAAGAGGCGAAUGGGCUGCUACUUUUGACUUCUUGGGACAUAAUGCCCCAAUUAUAGUUGUAAAGUUCAAUCAUUCGAUGUUUAAAAGGAAUUUCUCCAAUGCUCAGGAUGUUAAAGCUUCAUCUGCUGGAUGGGCUAAUGGGACUUCAAAGGCUGGAGGAAAAGACUCACAGCCAUAUAAUGUUAUUGCCAUUGGUAGUCAGGAUCGUACUAUAACUGUCUGGACAACUGCAAGUCCUCGCCCUCUCUUUGUGGCAAAGCAUUUUUUCACACAAAGUGUUGUUGAUUUAUCUUGGAGCCCUGAUGGAUACUCACUUUUUGCCUGUUCCUUGGAUGGCUCAGUAGCCACCUUUCAUUUUGAAGUAAAAGAAAUUGGUCAGAGGCUAACAGAUGAUGAGUUGGAUGAAUUAAAGAAAAGCCGUUACGGGGAUGUUAGGGGCCGACAGGCUAACUUAGCCGAGAGCCCUGCUCAGCUGUUACUUGAAGCAGCUGCAGCUAAGCAAACCUCAAGCAAAAAGGUUACCUCGAAUGUGCAGCAGGAGCAAGUAAUUUCUAAGCCUUCGUCUGAUUUGGGGAUCGUGACAAAAGUCUCUGAGCCCCAUCUUGAUAAUGGAAAGAAAAAUGGAGGAAUUAGCUCUGAUGGUUUAAAUAAGGUUGCUGCUUCUGCUCGUGUUUCUAGUCCUGUGAAGCAGAAAGAAUACAGGCGGCCUGAUGGUAGAAAAAGGAUCAUCCCUGAACCAGUGGGUGUGCCUCCCCAGCAAGAAAAUAUAACUGCUGUGUCUCAAUCUCAAGCCCCAGAUCUAUCUCUAGCAUCUUCUGAUGGCAGAAAGGAUGGUAGUAAUGCUAAAGUUAGGAGAACCCUUGAAACCGGCUCGGAUGUGAAGGAACGUAGUGGGGUCACGGCAAAGGCUUGCUUUAGUGAUAGUUUGGUCAUUGAAAGAGUUCCAGCUGCUUUAAGUAGAGAUGAGCGUAUUGUUGUUGAAUCUUCUAGCAGUGCAAAGGCCACAAGUUCUUUAGCAGCUUGUAACACUACUCUUGCAAUAAAGGUUGUAGAUAAGAAGGAGGGUACAGAUGCAAUGCCACUUACAUUGGAAGCUCGCCCUAGAGAGCAUGCUGUUAGUGACAUUGUUGGAAUGAGUAGUAUGUCAUUGGUGAAGGAAACAGAAAUUAUUUGUUGCAGAGGAUCCCAAACUUUGUGGUCUGACCGUAUUUCUGGGAGGGUUUCGGUUUUGGCUGGGAAUGCCAACUUCUGGGCUGUAGGGUUUGAAGAUGGUUGCCUGCAGGUGUACACAAAAUGUGGAAGACGUGCCAUGCCAACUAUGAUGAUGGGUUCUGCCGCGGUGUUUAUCGAUUGUGAUGAAUGUUGGAAAUUGUUGCUUGUCACAAAGAAGGGGACUUUGUAUUUGUGGGACUUAUUUAAUCGAAGUUGUCUUCUUCAAGACUCAUUGUCAUCAUUGAUUACUGCAGAUCCAAGGGCAUCCUCUAAAGACACAGCUACUAUUAAAAUAAUUUCCACCAAGUUGUCAAAGUCUGGUUCACCUCUUGUUGUAUUAGCCACUCGCCAUGCCUUUCUCUUUGACAUGAGUCUGAAGUGCUGGCUUCGAGUAGCUGAUGAUUGCUUCCCUGCAUCAAACUUUGCAAGCUCCUGGAAUUUGGGUUCCUCUCAGAGUGGUGAGCUUGCAACACUACAGGUGGAUGUAAGAAAAUUCUUGGCGAGAAAGCCAGGUUGGAGUAGGGUGGCUGAUGAUGGUAUGCAAACUCGUUCACACUUGGAGGCUCAGUUAGCAUCAGCUUUGGCAUUGAAAUCUCCAAAUGAAUAUCGCCAAUGUCUUAUGUCAUAUGUCCGUUACCUUGCCAGAGAAGCUGACGAGUCUAGACUACGUGAAGUAUGUGAAAGUUUCCUUGGACCUCCAACUGGGAUGGGCGGUGCUGCAAUAACAGACUCUAACAUCGUGUGGGAUCCUAGUGUUCUUGGAUUGAAGAAACACAAACUGUUGAGAGAAGACAUCCUUCCAGCUCUGGCGUCAAACAGGAAAGUACAGAGGCUUCUGAAUGAAUUCAUGGAUCUUCUUUCUGAAUACGGAAGUGCUGAAACGCAUAUGGAACAAAAUAACUCAGUCCUGCCAAUGACAGCAACACAGGCUACAGUCCGAGUAGACAUGAUCAAUGAUCAACCUGUAGCAGAUCAAAAAACAGAUCUAGUUCCUAGAAAACCAGAACAAGAGGAUAUUGAAAUAGAUAGGUCUGCUGUUUCAACAGAUAAAAUAAAUCAAACAGUAGAAGAAGACCGAGUGACCAUAAUCCAGAGAAAGGAUGAUGUGAAUUUAGUGAUGAACCAGUUACCGUCUCCUGUGGAGGCAGGUAAUGUAGACACACCAAAGGCAGAGAAGGUAGUAGUGGCUCUUCCUGCCAAGGGUACGACUCUUAGCGUUAUUUCAUCACAGUAGUUUUAGCCGGUAUGUAUUUUUCGAGGUUGUUACACAUAUUCGGAUAUAACUCAUAUAUGAUAUGGAUGUCAUCGGGCAUGUUAUGUUAGCAGGGAAACAAGGGGAACGUGUAUAUAGAAACGGAAAUGAAUCAUUGCUAGCAAGUCUAUACUGAGUGUCUCCCAUGUUGGUGCCGAAAUUAUUGAUGUUCUUACACGGGCAAUUGUCCCUGAGCUUUUGUAGUAGUCCUCAAUUAUCAGUCAUCAUGUAAAUAUAUUAAAUCCCAAGCUGGAUAAGUGUUCAGCUAUUAGUGUUUUUCUUAAUCUUUCUGUUAUCUUUAUAAUCCCAGAUUGCGAAAAUUCGGAACACUCUAUGUUUUAGUUAAAAACGUACAUGGAUAUUUUUCUUAAUUCUUUCAAGUGUGUUUUUCAA